AUGCCGAACGUCUUGAUAGUUGGAGCCACGCGUGGCCUGGGAGCUGCCGUAGCUAAACAGUACACCUCAAUCGGCCACCACGUCUAUGCUACAGCUCGAAGCUCGAACCCCCCAUCUGAUGACAAGAACCUAUCCUACAUCCCCUCUAUUGACCUCUCUACCCCCGACGCCGGACCGAACCUCAUCAAAUAUCUCGAAGCUCACUCCAUAACCUCUCUCGACAUCAUCGUUGUAACCGCAGGCUACUUCGUAACCGAAACCUUUGAGGAGCCCUCCUUCGACAAACAACUAGCUAUGUACAAGACUUGCGCUAUCGGGCCUACCCUUUUGGUGUCUGCGCUCGGGAACUACACACCAUCCUCGACCUCAAAGCCGCUUCUUUCACAGGGUACAAAGGUCAUACUUGUGUCGAGUGAGGGCGGAAGCAUCAAGUUGGUGUAUGAUGGUGGAGGCAACUACGGCCAUCAUGCGUCCAAGGCUGCGCUGAACAUGAGCGGGAAGCUGUUGAGCGUGGAUCUCAAGGAUAGAGGCGUGGCGGUGGGGAUUGUGCAUCCUGGGUUCAUGAGAACAGAUAUGACUAAAGGUGUGGGCUUUGACAAGUUCUGGGAUUCGGGCGGAGCUGUUACCCCUGAUGUUGCUGCAGAAUCACUAGUCGAGUGGAUCAAGACGUUCACUAUCGAGCAUACUGGAGAGUUCUGGGCCCCCAGAGGAGCUGCUGACAUCGGAUCCGCAGAGGCUGUUCUGGGUCCGAAAGACAAGCUACCUAUACCGCUCCAGCUUCCUUGGUAA